UUCAUCACGAAAGUGUUUCGGUUCCAUUUAAUAAUCGCGGUGCAAACUGAUUGAAAAACAUUAACGAUAUGUCCACCCCCGUCGGCGCCGAACCAUCCAGUGUGAUUUGUCCUAGUUGCCAUCAACAAGUCACAACCCGAACAGAGCCAAGGACAACCACAAAAACGCAUUUAAUUGCCCUAAUAUUGUGCCUCUUUGGCUGCUGCCCCUGCGCCCUCUGCCUUUACUGCACCGACUGUGCUCGGAACACCGAGCACUACUGCCCCUCCUGCCAAGCCUUCAUAGGAACCUUCGAGCGCUGAGCCCCGAAAAUGGACAAAAAAUAGAAAAAUAUGUUGCCAUUAUUUCAAUUAUUUUCUCUUUAAUUAAUAGGGUUUUCAGCAUUUGCGUUAAAAUAUGUAAUGCGAUCGAUAUUUGCUUAU